AUGGCUGAUACAGAGAAUACUACAACUACAACUACAACAAAUCAACCUGCUGCUGCUCCAGCUGUACACUUUGCACCAGCUGUUGUAGCAGCACCAGCAGUCGCUAAACCAAAGGCACAACUGAUGGUCCAGGAUCUAAAGACAUUGGAUGUUUCAACACUCACUCCACUGUCUCCAAACGUCAUCAGCAGACAGGCAACAAUCAACAUUGGUACCAUUGGACACGUAGCUCACGGAAAGAGUACCGUGGUCAAGGCCAUCUCUGGUGUUCUUACUGUUCGUUGGUCUACAGAGUUCAAGCGUAACAUUACUAUCAAGUUGGGUUACGCCAAUGCUAAGAUAUACAAGUGCGAGAACCCAGAGUGCCACAGACCAGGAUGCUACAAAUCGUACAGGAGUAAUACUGAGGACGAGCCAAUGUGCGAGCGCCCCAACUGUGGCGGCAAGAUGAAGCUGUUGCGUCAUGUGUCUUUCGUCGACUGUCCAGGUCACGACGUGCUCAUGGCCACAAUGCUCAACGGUGCCGCAGUCAUGGACGCCGCAAUGCUGCUGAUCGCCGGUAACGAGUCGUGCCCACAGCCACAGACGGCCGAGCACAUUGCCGCCAUUGAGAUCAUGAACCUGCGCAACAUCAUCAUCCUGCAGAACAAGAUCGACCUCGUCAAGGAGGCCGCUGCCAAGGAGCAGUAUGGACAGAUUCUCAAGUUUAUUCAGGGUACCGUCGCCGAGAACGCCCCGAUCAUCCCCAUCUCUGCACAGAUGAAGUACAAUAUCGAUGUCAUUUGCGAAUAUAUCGUCAAGAAGAUCCCCAUCCCCGUGCGCGACUUCACCUCGGACCCUCACCUCAUUGUCAUUCGUUCAUUCGAUGUCAACAAGCCCGGCGCCAAGGUCGACGAGCUCAAGGGUGGUGUGGCCGGAGGCUCCAUCAUCAAGGGAGUGCUGCGCGUUGGCGACGAGGUUGAGGUGCGUCCCGGAGUCAUCACCAAGGACUUUGACGGCCGCAUGCGCUGCGCGCCCCUCUUCUCCAGAAUCAUCUCGCUGUACGCCGAGGAGAACGACCUCCAGUACGCCGUGCCAGGUGGUCUGAUCGGUGUCGGCACCAAGAUCGACCCAAGUCUGUGCCGUGCCGAUCGUCUGGUCGGCCAGGUGCUGGGCUCAGUCGGCAAGCUGCCUGAGAUCUUCAUUGCGCUGGAAAUCAACUUCUUCCUGCUGCGUCGUCUGCUCGGUGUUAAGUCCGAGGGUGGCGAGAAGCAGAGCAAGGUUCGCAAGCUGCUCAAGGACGACACGCUCAUGGUCAACAUUGGUUCGACGUCCACUGGCUGCCGUGUCACGGCCGUCAAGCACGAUCUGGCCAAGCUUGCUCUUCUGUCCCCAGUGUGCACACAGGAGGGUGAGAAGAUUGCUUUGAGUAGACGUGUCGACAAGAACUGGCGUCUGAUUGGCUGGGGUACCAUCACCAAGGGUACUCUCAUUGAGAAAUAA